GCGUGUUCGUGUGUAACAAAUGCUAUACGGAGAAAGUAGUCUCCGAACAUUGCACCACAAAUUUUGGUGACUCCUUCAUUGAGGGACCACUCGUAACCCAGCUCCGCCGUCAUUCAUUGCCUGCGCUCACUCUUCGCAAGUCUCGCAGGAGUGCCUUUUAUGCUCCCUGUGUCUCGUACAUGCGCCCUCUGAGCCUGUUAUCGAGAGCGACCAAAGGCCACCACUUUUCCUCGGAAUUUGUGAGAUCGUUCGGUUCGACAUCAUCUGCGCUCCGGUUUCAACCCAUCAAAGCCAGCAAAAAAGCACCCGUCAAGAUGGCGACCAGUACCACCAAGACCGGGCAGCCGUUAGAUCGGGCAGCUCUCGAGCCGGUGCUGCGUCGGAGGAUGUUCUACACGCCUUCGUUCGAGAUCUACGGAGGAGAGCGUGGCCUGUACGACUACGGUCCGCCAGGCUGCGCCCUGCAAGCCAACGUGGUGGAUUUGUGGAGGAAACACUUUGUCCUGGAAGAAGACAUGCUUGAGGUCGACUGCACCAUGCUGACGCCCGAGGCGAUCCUUCAGACAAGCGGCCACGUGGAGAAGUUUGCCGACUGGAUGUGCAAGGACCCCAAGAGCGGCGAGAUCUUCCGAGCGGACCAUUUGGUCGAGCAGGUCCUCGAAGCGAGGCUGAGGGCAGACAAGGAUGCUCGUGGUCAGACGAUCGAGGUCGACGAGGCCAAAGAGGCCAAGAAAAAGAAGAAGAUUAAGGACACUGAAAUCAAGAAGCUCGACGACGCCGUGGUCAAGGAGUACGAAGAGACUCUGGCCAAAAUCGACAACUAUGGAGGAGACGAGCUUGGAGACCUUAUCAAGAAAUUCGACAUCAAGGGCCCAACCACCGGUGCUGAUUUGGAUCCUCCCAAGGCGUUCAACCUCAUGUUCCAGACUCAGAUUGGUCCCAGCGCUGACAAGCCAAAUGGCUAUCUUCGUCCGGAGACGGCUCAGGGCCAGUUCUUGAACUUUCAGAAGUUGUUGGAGUUCAACCAACAGGGCAUGCCAUUCGCUUCGGCGUCCAUUGGCAAGUCGUUCCGAAAUGAGAUUUCCCCGCGAUCCGGUCUCCUACGAGUGCGCGAGUUCUUGAUGGCCGAAAUCGAACAUUUUGUCGAUCCCAAGAGUGGCAAGAAACACCCUCGCUUCGAAGAGGUCAAGGAUGUCAAGUUGACUCUUUUGAACCGGAAAACGCAACUCUCUGGCAGCACCAAACCCGACGUGCUGUCCAUUGGCGAGGCAGUGUCUUCUGGAGUUGUGGACAAUGAAACGCUCGGCUAUUUCUUGGUCCGCAUUCAGGAUUUCCUGUUGAAGCUCGGGAUCGACCAUUCGAAACUGCGGUUUCGGCAACACAUGGCCAACGAGAUGGCCCAUUAUGCCGCCGACUGUUGGGACGCCGAAUUGUUUACCACUUACGGCUGGAUCGAGUGUGUUGGCUGCGCCGACCGAAGUGCGUAUGAUUUGACCGUGCACGCCAAAAAGACGGGAGCCCCGCUCGUGGUGCGCGAAACCUUGGCCGAGCCCCUUGUUAUUGAAGAGUACCAGAUCGACCUGGAGCGCAAGAAGUUGGGCCCCAAGUUCCGCAAGGACGCCAAAGCCGUCGAGGCCGCCGUGGAUGCUUUGUCGCAAGAGCUGCGUGAGAAGUUGUCCCUGGAGCUGGAGAAGAACGGCAAGAUCGAGGUGCAGACGCCUGGUGUGGGCAGCGGCACGACCGAACUCGACAAGGACCUGAUCAAGAUCGAAAAGAGGAAGCGAACCGAACAUAUCCGCGAAUACACGCCCAACGUGAUCGAGCCCUCGUUUGGAAUCGGUCGCAUUUUGUACAGUUUGAUGGAGCAUGUCUACUGGACCCGCGAAGGCGACGGCGCCCGUGCCGUCUUGUCGUUCCCCCCGACCGUCGCGCCUACCAAGGUCCUGCUCGUCCCCUUGUCCAGCCACCCGGAUUUCAAGCCCUUCGUCAAGAAGUUGACCACCCGUCUGCGGCGCACUGGUAUCUCCAACCGGGUCGACGACUCUUCUGCCAGCAUUGGCAAACGAUAUGCUCGCAACGACGAGCUCGGUACCCCCUUUGGCAUCACCAUCGACUUCCAGACCGUCAAGGACGGUUCCUUAACGCUAAGAGAACGUGACUCGACCAAGCAAGUCCGAGCCAGUGAGGACGAGAUCAUCGCCGCCGUCAAGUCCCUGGUCGAUGGGGAGGAGACUUGGGAGGAUGUUUUCAAGAGAUUGCCUGUGUUUGAGGGACAAGACCUCGAAUAGACGGAGAGAGUGCGUCUGAUGGAACAAAAUAACGAGACGGCAAGUGCAGAGACGUCUUAGACACUAGGAUUCCUUUUUGGUCAAUGAUGCUCUUCUGCGUUGCUCCUGUUUUCAUAAUCAUGUAACCAGCUCUUUUCUUUUCUUUUGUUCCUCAGAAGAAAGAAAAAGGCACAACCUGUGAUGGUGCCAUCAUUUGACCUGCCACAGCCGGAAGGCCAGAUAGAUUGAGCACCUCGGAGAUGACGGCCAGAGCACCGUGGCGGGAAAUCGCUGGGCCAUGGACUCCAAAACUGAAUCAAGACGUGAAUGAUAAAAUGUUACAAAAUUAAGCAUGCCAUAAAAAGAAAUGGAACCGAAUUGCAAAAGAUGGAAACUAUUUGUAUAAGAAAGCAUUCAAAUGGAGAUAUAGCUGCCAGCAACAAUGUACCGCAGCUGUGCUCAACUUAUUGUAGAACAGGCAGAGACGUCCUCCCAACAUGUUCGGGUGCCAGUUGUUGUGUUAUACGGUUAUAAUAUACCUAACCUAGCUCUACGCCUCGCACCUAGACUAGACAACACGCUGGGCCGCCUUCCUCAUAUCAGUCCUCCAGUCCUCGAAAUAAGGCUUCAUCAACCCCAUCACCUGUUCCUUAG